GGUGGGGGGCGAGCAGCAGCGGCUCUGCGUAAGGCGUGGUUGCUGGGGCGACCGUUAGGCGGUGGCAGGAGCUGGACCCGGAAGCGCGGAAAUCCAGAGGUUGGAGCAACAGCUGAUGCGAUGGCGCAUGAAAGCUCGAGGCAGGCCCGAGACCGCGGGGUGACCCGAUCCAAAGCAGAAAAGGCACGGCCACCUACGGUGCCUGUGCCGCAGGUGGACAUCGUUCCUGGGCGGCUCACUGAGGCUGAGUGGAUGGCGCUUACGGCUGUGGAGGAGGGCGAGGAUGUGGUGGGGGACAUCUUGGCAGAUCUGCUGUCCCGAGUCAUGGACUCUGCCUUCAAGGUCUACCUAACCCAACAGUGCAUUCCAUUCACCAUCAGCCAGGCUCGGGAGGCCAUGCUGCAGAUCACUGAGUGGCGCUUCCUGGUCCGGGACGAAGGAGAAUCUUCAGUGGCUGAGGACCCCACGUGGGGCGAGGACGAGGAGCCUUCAGCAUGUACAACAGAUGCCUGGGCUCAGGGAUCCGUGCCCGUGCUGCACGCUCCCGCCUCGGCGGGGCUGGAGGAGACCUUCCAAAGCGAAGACCAAGAGAGCGAGGACCAAAUUUCUUUAGGAAGAGCACGGAUGGACAGAGACUUUGAGGAGCAGAUGGAAUCUUGGGAGCAUUCUCCGGAGCUGAGAGACACCCCUGGUUCCCUACCCACCCCUGAGCUGUUUCAGGAGGCAGGGCCCAGAUGUCCUUCAGAUGAACUGGAAGGCCAGGGAGGAGGCCACCUGUCCUCGCCCGAGUCCUUGAAUGUGAGCCUCCAACCGUCAUCGGUGGAGAUGGCUACCACUGGCAGUCCCCACCCUUCUCUGGAGCUGUCCCUGGUAGCCAGCUCCCAGGAAUCUGCUGAGAAGGCACAGGCCCUCAGCUCCCAGUUCUCGAUCAAGGACCUCUACUCUUGCAUGUGGCAACCGCACGUGGCUGGGGACCUGCUGGAGCUCAAGAAAGAGCAUGUGCCCUGCAUGGCCUCGGGCGAAUCGUUGGCCAGCUCCUCUGAGGGAAGCCCCACCAUGCUCAGCCCCUCAGGAUUCUUCCAGCUGCAGCAAACCGAGGGCUCAGACUCGCAUUUGAGCACCCUUUCCUACACCGCGAGUCGCAGGUCGGUUGUGGCGCGUCUGGACCCCACACAACUGCCGCGCCACUGGGUGUGCCCGCUGGCUGAGAUUGUGGAUCCAGACUCCGGGUCGCGCCUCCUGGAAACCUACCGCGGGCGCCCACAGGCUGUGAAGACCGGGGCUCCAGCCAGACGCCCAGCCACUGGCCCCUGUGUCCAGGUCUCCCCAGCACCUUUUGUCUCUCUACCGCCUGGCGUUCCUUUUGGUGCCUUGGGCCCCCGCCUCCAACACCCCACUUUAAGCUUACGCCUACCAUCACCAGGCUUCCGAUCAAAGCUGCCCUUGCCCUGCCCCGAGAUCCGUUUUCUCUACGGGCAACCCAACGUGGCCCGCAACCCCAGACCCCAGAUGUGGCCGAGUGCAAAGUGGCCCAGCGGCUGGGAGGGAGAGGCCGAGUUGCUGGAAGAUCUGUGGGCGGGCCGCAUCCAGGUUCCUCCGCAGGGCCUGGACUCCGGGGACCCCGAGGACCAGAGAGGUGAGGAUCUUCAUAGGAGUCAGAGUCCUGAGUCCCAAAUCCUCGAGGCCACGUCCCAGGUGGUGUGGAAGCCUAUGUUGCUGUCCGAAGCCAUGAAACUUGCUCCUGGUGUGAGCAUGUGGAACUCACCCACGCAGAUGCUGCUCAGCUCUAGCACACCCCAGCAGGAGGACAAUGAAGGUGGUACCUCUCCUCUCAUUGAGUAGUGCCUUAUCUAGACAGGUGCUCAGAAGCCCAGGUGACUGUGACACAGCUAAUGAAGAAUUCAACCCCCAGACUGUGGUCACUCCUCUCCAAGCUCCUGCCCCAUUAUGAGGCUUGAACCUCAGCCAGUGAGAAUCCCACCUACUUUCUGUCUGCUAGAAAUAAACACCUAAGUUGCCUUAAGAA